AUGAGUCACAGCAAAGACUCUAUAGUUAAAAAAGAUGCAAGGCAUCUUAAACGAAUUAUACUAACACCUGAGGAAUGGCAAUUAAUGAAAGAUUUAGUUAAAAUUUUACAACCUUUCGCUGAUGCUACAAAGAUGCUUG